UUUUGCUACAUAGUUCUAGCGGUAUAUAUUUAUUAAAUAAUAAUGUUAUAUAUAUUCUCUCACUAACUUUAUGCUUUACAAGUAAACAUUAACGUUCUUUAGUAAUACAUUUGAAUGCAUAUGAAAAAUUACUUUAACAGAAGUAUUUUUACAAAAAAACAUGAAUUCAGACGAUUCAUAUUCAAUACGAAUAGUUACGUUAGACUCUUACAUGAGUUCUCCAAUUCAAGGACUUGACCCUAUGUAUUCGGAAUUUAGGGGGGCUUCAAUAAGCCAAGUACCUGUUUUACGAUUAUUUGGAUCUAUUCCCACAGGGGAAAAAAUUUGUAUACAUAUCCAUGGUGUAUUUCCAUAUUUAUAUAUUCCUUAUGAUGGCACUCAAGAUGUGAAUAGUCAGAUAUACAGAAUAGCAGCUAGUAUUGACAAGGCAGUCAAUAUAUCCCUCAAUCAAGCUACUUCAAAUACACAACAUGUUUACAAGAUAACUCUUGUACAAGGAAUACCUAUGUAUGGUUAUCACAAUAAAAAACACCAGUUUUUCAAAAUUUAUCUCUACAAUCCUAUACUUAUACGAAAAGUCACUGCUCUAUUAAUGAAUGAAACCACUUUAGGAACUUUAUAUCAACCCCAUGAAGCACAUUUGAAUUUUACUUUACAGUUUAUGAUAGAUUAUAAUUUACAUGGUAUGAGCAAUAUGAUACUGUCAAAAAUGAAGUAUCGGCAGGAUUCUAAAGAAAGUAAUAUUGAUCCGGAAUUACUGCUACCUCCGUCUGUCAGUAAAAUGACAAUUUGUUACUUAGAAGGAGACUGCCUUGCAGAAGAUAUUUUAAAUAGGGAAGAGGUGGCUUCUGGAAAUAUAGGAGCAAAUCCAGGUAUAUCUGCUCUAUGGGCUGACGAACAACAAAGGAGAAGAAAUAAAGGGUUAGACUCACAGAUAAAUCAUCUCUUAGAGUUAGAAAGAACUAAUUUACCUCCAACUAAUUCUCAUUUAGUUUACAAACAAGCCUUAUUGGAUCGACUUGCAGUUUUUUCAAAUGAAAAGAAUGUGAUAGAUAAACUUAAUUCUUCAGUAUAUCCAGCUGAAACUCCUCCUAACUGUCAUAUCCAAAAUGCGUCUUUAAUAGAUUCACAAACUGCUAACUCUAGUGACAGCUCUCUACUUCCUUCUAAUUUAGAUGAAACUCUUGGACCAGCAGAAUUAAGUAGUAUGAGCAUAACAUUUGAUGAAGAUGCUCAACAAUUGUUACAAGUUUUGAAUGAUUUGGAGGAACAAGUGAAUGAGAAAAUUGAAGAAGAUUCCAUUUUAACUCAAUUAACAAAAGAUGAUGAAGAGGAAAAAGAAAUGGAAGAAAAUGAAUUGGAUUUUAGCAUAUGGCUGGAAACUGCAACCACACCAACAAAAAUUAUACAGAAAAAUGAUGAUGAAGAAAUCAGUGAUGAUGAUUUGUUGAAUGUGACUUUAAUUCCACAAAUGGAUGGUUGUUGUGAUGAAAUUGGUGAGGAAACCAAAAACGCUUCACUGCUUCAUAAAAAAGUUAACCAAGAUGAUAUGUGUCAAGUAAAUAAGUCCACUAAGCAUUUAAAAAAAGUAGUUUUCAUCAAGGUAGUUAAAAUAGGACGAGACAUGCCAGAUUUGAACGAAAUCAUUUAUCCCGCUGAAAUGUUACUGCCCAAAAACAGUUUGUCAACACCGAUUUCGAAUGAGAAAAAAAAGACCGUAGUUCCGAAAUUGACCAGUGCCGUACGCGUAAAAAAACCUGCGCGGGUCAAUAAUAGAAUUAGCCUUGUGAAGCGGAAAAGAUAUAGAAAAAUAAUAUAUGGUCGAUAUUUGACGAGAAGGGAAUUAAAAGAGUUAAAAGAAAGAUUAAAGAAGAAAUCAUUGGAGGAAAUAAGACUGUUUGAGUAUAGAAUAAAUAAACUAAAGCGACAAGAUCAAUUGGCUGCUAUGAUGAGAAGGUUGCAUAAGAAGGAAAAUGAAUUGUUACUGUUUUUGGAGAAAAAUCAUCAACCCAAAUUUAGAGUUACAACCAAAGAAAAACUCAGAUCUUUGAUGUCUAUAAAAGAAAUCGAUCCUGUCAAAACGAGUAGAGUCAAAGUAUUAAGUGAUAUAAUUGUGAAGAUAGCAAACUACGUCGAACCAACUUUAUAUUUAACAAUGAAAUGUCCGAAAUCCAAGUGCUACAUUUAUAAUUAUUAUAAUAGUAACGUUUUCCCUAUAGUUACAAAAAUACCGCCAAGCAUUAGCCGGCAUCCUGAUAAACCGAAAUAUAAGAAUUUUAUUAAGAGAGUUAACAAGCACUGUCUUACAAUUACAAAUGAACAAAUAACCGCAACGAAGGAACAAAAAACUCCUGUUAAGGAAAUCGAAGUCUAUAAUGAAGAGAACAUUUAUAAAGCCGAAGAAAAUAACGAUCCAUUUAUAUUUUCCGAUAAAUAUUUAACAAAUAUUAAAGAUCCUGAUAUGCUAAUUGAUAUUCGACGAAAAAGUGAUGAUGAUAUUUUAAAAAUGGCUGAAUAUCUUAGAGAUCAUUUAAAAAAGCAUAUUCGAUUUUUAUCAUCUCCUACUCUUAGACACGAAAUAGAGUUUUCUUCUGAAAAAGAACGUAGUAUUUCUUUAAGAAAUAUCACGUGUUUGAAUACUAAGAAAGAAAAUUUGAAACUGUUUUAUGAAAAUAAUAAUUAUGAAACUGAUUCUAACAAAAAUGAUUGCAUAAUAAAUGGAAAACGUAAUAACCUUACUUGCGAAAAAACUGGUAAAUAUAAACUUAAUGAGAGUGAUAAAAAAUAUUCGAAAAAUAAUAUAAAAAAUAAUGGAUCAGCGAAACAUAAUGAUAUGGAUAUUAUAGAAAAUAAACAGGAUGAUAUUAGUAAGAAAACUAGACAAAAUGCAGUUAAAGAGCCCCUCAGAAGGUCAACUAGAAUUAAAAAUCUAAUCUCAUUGGAUGGUACCGUAGAUAGCGAAUCGUCUUCUUCUUCUUCUUCUUCUGAAGAAGAAAAAGAACAGAAAGGGAGGAAACGUAGUUUGAGAACACCUAGCAGAGCAUCUAGGUACAAAGCAUUACCGAUCACAUUGGAGAAAUCUCCAAAAUCAUUAAGUGAUAAAGAUACAAUGCCAGCUGUCAAAGAUCUGGUGUCGUUUGCUGAAAACACCAAAACGGAGACGCCUCCAAUAAGUAAAUUAAGUCAAAACCCAGUCUGCGAUAUGAAAGUCAAACGUCAAUUGUUCGAAAAAUCCGCCAAUCCUCUGUUAAAUAAAACCGUAGUCGAAGAAAAGUUAGUUUGUGGCUAUUCGCCGACUACCGCCGGUGUAGAAAAUAUUUGCGACGCGACCAAUAUAUUAACUUCAAACUUUGUCCACAAUGAAUCUAUUUUGGAAGACGUUUCGAAUUCCAGUACAAUAUUUAGUACAGAUAGUGAACCUCGUGAACAAACGUGCCUUAAUUCUGAAAUUAGAUCCAACGUUGACCUUACCAUCGCCGAAAAAUACGACGAGACUACCAAUUAUAAAGCUAAAGAAGGUUGUUCUAAAUUCUUAACUCAAAUAUCUCAAAAUUUGACUAGUAGUUCUAGUUCCGAUUAUCUAACACCUUAUCAAGUACUAAAUCUUAACAACACUACUACAAACAUUCAGGUAACUGAAGAAAUCGUAAAGGAUAUUUGUUCACAAGGAAGUUACAAAACUUUAGAAGAAAGUUUUAGAGAAAAUUCACAGCUUAUUACCAUAGUUCCAAAGUUUUCAGCACCGACGAGGGAAGAAGUUUUAAGAACUUUAGACGCUCAUAAAAUUCCUCACGUUUCAAAUCAAUCGCCUUACUACAGUAACGUAGAGGAUGUAACUGGAAGCGUGGAAGUAGGAUUUAACACGUUAAAAAUUAAAAGUAAAACUACAGCUCAUUUGGCAGACUUUGAAUCGCAGACUGAUUCUUUAAAUACGUUCAGAAAAGCUAGAGUAGAACAACUACCGUCCAAUGUUAAAUUAACCAAAACAAAUAUGGAAAAUAUGAUGCUGAGUUAUUGUAAAAAUACGGAUUGCAUUAUAACGCCCGUUAAAACACCGCCGGACUCAGAAACGAUAAAAGCAUGGCUAGCGCGAAAAUAUAAAAAGACUUGUACUCCAGAGCAUAGAACUCAACGAAUAAAAAUACGCCUUCCGACAAGCCCCGGUGCAAAAAGCGAUGACGAAACUCUUGAUGUAUCUUUAACCUUAUCUCCUCUAACACCGAAGAGUUCGCAAGCCAAUUCAUCGAGAUCUGCAAGCCCGAUUUUCGGCGACGAAUGUAAAAAGCGAAAAAAAGAAAUACGUAAAAAAAUUCUUUCGAAAUCUUUAAGAAACUCCCUUUCCCUAUCGCAAGAAAAUUCAAUAAAUAAUUCCGGUGAGAUCUCGGGCGUUACGGUACAGCACAGUUAUCUGAACAGAUCGGUGCAAAAUUUGCAAAACGCCAGGGCGAUCGUUGAACACUUAAAUCUAACCGUACUAGUCAUGGAGCUUCAUAUUCGUACUAGGGCUGACUUAAAGCCCGAUCCUGUUUACGACUCCAUGAGGGCUAUAUUUUAUUCCAUAUUGCACGAUGUACCUGAACCUAACCUUAAAGGCAGAAACCGAAAGGGCGUGAUAGCUAUUAAUUCCAUACCUUCUAGUCCAGGGGCGAAUAGCGUCCCUAUUUUAAAUGGUAUUGGCAUCGACUGUGAUAUUACUUACGUAGAUUCCGAAGAUAAUUUAAUUAAAGAGUUUCUCAAAGUUAUAAAUUACUGGGAUCCUGAUAUUUACGCUGGAUACGAGAUAGAACUGUUAUCUUGGGGUUAUUUGAUACAAAGAGGUUACGUACUAGGUAUAAAUAUGAAACCUCUCUUAGGAAGAAUAAGGCUAGAGCAUAACAGACAAAGAGAAGAUAGACAAAGAGAUGACGAUUCUUUAAACGAACUUAAACUACCCGGAAGAAUCGUGUUAGACGUGUGGCGUCUCAUGAAAUACGAAAUAGCUUUACAAAGUUACACUUUCGAGUCUGUAUCGUAUCACAUUUUGCAAAAACGUUUACCUUAUUAUUCGUUUAAAGAUUUAUCUUUUUGGUGGGACCAUAGAACCCAAUUAUACAGGCAUAGAACGGCGAAAUAUUACAUCACGAGGGUAGUAACGAUUUUGGAUCUGUUCGAUAAGUUGGACUUUUUAGGAAGAACCAGCGAGUUGGCUAGGUUGUUCGGUAUCCUCUUUUUCGAAGUACUAUCUAGAGGAAGUCAAUUUAGAGUGGAAUCAAUGAUGCUGCGCCUCGCCAAACCUCUUAACUUUGUAGCCGUAUCGCCCAAUGUCCAACAGAGGGCGCAUAUGAAAGCUCCCGAAUAUAUAGCGCUCGUUCUGGAACCGGAGUCCAAACUGUACGAUGAUCCUGUUAUAGUUUUAGAUUUUCAAAGUCUUUACCCUUCAAUUAUUAUCGCUUAUAACUAUUGUUUUACCACUUGCGUUGGACGAGUCGAAUCUUUAGGAAAAAGCGGCCCAUUUGAAUUUGGUGCUACUCAACUCAUGGUUUCAAGGAAUCAGCUCAAGAAACUGCUUGAAAGGAAUCAAUUGAAUUUUUCGCCUUGCGGAGUUGGUUUCGUUAAAAAAGAAGUUCGUGACGGUAUAAUGCCCAGAAUGUUGAGAGAAAUCCUGGAUACGAGGCUGAUGGUGAAAAAUUCUAUGAAAGAGAAUAAAAACGAUAAAAUUCUACAAAGGGUACUUCAUAGCAGACAGUUGGGUUUAAAAUUGAUAGCCAAUGUGACCUAUGGGUAUACGGCAGCGAAUUUCAGUGGUAGAAUGCCAGCUGUAGAACUUGGAGAUAGUGUAGUCAGUAAAGGACGAGAAACUUUACAACGAGCUAUAGCGAUGGUGGAUAGCACUCCAGAAUGGGGAGCCAGAGUGGUUUACGGAGAUACCGAUUCACUGUUCGUCUUAGUACCAGGUAGAACGAGAGAACGCGCUUUUGAAGUAGGAAAACAGAUCGCCGAAGCCGUCACUAACGACAAUCCGGACCCGAUCAAAUUGAAACUCGAAAAAGUUUACCAACCCUGUAUAUUACAAACGAAAAAGCGGUACGUUGGGUACAUGUACGAGAGUCCUGAUCAAAAAGAUCCUGUUUACGAGGCCAAAGGUAUCGAGACGGUUCGGAGAGAUGGCUGUCCGGCAGUUAGUAAG